AUGAAGGAGGCAUUUAUAGACAAGAAUAUCUCCCUGACGAUCCGAGACACUGAUAUUCCCGUCCCUGAAGCUGGCCAGGUCCUCAUUCGCGUGGUCGUUUCUGGCACCAAUCCUAAGGACUGGAAGAUGCCUCUCGUGUGGCCAACAGACGGGACCCCAACCAAUCAAGGAGAUGAUAUCGCUGGAUACAUCGAGGCAGUGGGGGAGGGCGUGAUGGGAUUCCACAAGGGCGACAAGGUCGCUGCCUUCCAUCAAGUGAUGAAACCUCACGGCAGCUACGCCGAGUAUGCGAUCGCGCCCGAGCAUACGACCUUCCAUAUUCCUGCCAAAACCAGAUUUGAAGAGGCGGCCACUAUUCCGCUAGCUGCUAUGACGGCCGCACUCGGUCUUUAUCAGCGCUUGAAGUUGCCUCUGCCCUGGAAUCCGACCACUGAGCCUUUGCCUUUGAUUAUAUACGGCGGCGCGACCGCCGUUGGAGCCUUUGCGAUCAAAUUUGCCCAGCUUUCUAAUAUCCACCCGCUUAUCACAGUAGCUGGUAGAGGGAGCGCCUUCGUCGAAACUCUCAUCGAUCGCGAGAAGGGUGACACGAUAAUCGACUAUCGUGAAGGUGACGAGGUCGUUCGGGCAAAGAUCAAGGAAGCGGCCGGUGGGCGAUCCAUAAACUACGCGUUUGAUGCGGUGGGCGAACAUGGAAGUCAUCAGAAUAUCGGCGCGGUUAUAACCGCGCCUGGGGAGAUCACUACCAUGCUCCCUAGCGGUGACUACCAGCCUCCCGAUGGAAUUAUUAUGGGCCAAACUAUAGCGGGAUCGGUUCACAUGCCUCCCGCAGCAGGGAAGACAGUUGAGGAUAACGAGUUUGGCGCUGCUCUCUUCCAAUUUAUUGGCCGUGGCUUGGCGCAAGGCUGGUUCUCGGGACACCCGUAUGAAGUGCGCCCGGGUGGGCUGGCGGGACUUGAGGAGGCGUUGCAGGAUCUCAAAGAGAGUAAGGCGUCUGCUAUCAAGUACGUAGUACGCAUUGGCGAGACGGAAGGGGUGAUGUAA